UGCCCCCUCCAUUGUGAGUGCUCGGGACAGGGGGCCGGAGGACUCGUUCCUGCGGAGACAGGGGUCCCUCUCCGGGUCUGCAGGGGCUCCUCCCCGGCCCGGCCUGUGGGCUCUGCGCGGAGCCCCGUCGCUACUUCGGGUUCCCAGGAGCCCCUGGGUCCCUCGACCCCCAGCCUCGCAGCGCCUGCGGGAAGGGCCGGCGCCGCGUGCGUGACGUGUCACCGCAGCGUGACGCAAGCAGCGCGCCGGGAACGCGGGCGGGCGGAAGUCGGCGUCUGCGGAAAGAAGAAGGCGAGGGAGACGCGGCUGGGCGCGGCGGCGACAGGGAGCACCCGGCGGGGCGCCGCCUCCUCCCCCGCCCUCCCUCUGAGGAUGGAAGUGACGACAGCCGCCGCGGAGGUCACUUCCUGCUGGGGUGGAUGAGGAGGAGCCGGAGACGCCGCGGAGGAGACUGGACCGAAGCCCGACCGUGCCGGGGAGAGCAGGAGGGUGAAAAUGAAAGCAGGCUGUAGCAUCGUGGAAAAGCCAGAAGAAGGUGGAGGGUAUCAGUUCCCCGAGUGGGCCUAUAAAACUGAGUCGUCCCCAGGCUCCCGGCAGAUCCAACUGUGGCACUUCAUCCUGGAACUGCUGCAGAAGGAGGAGUUCCGCCAUGUCAUCGCCUGGCAGCAGGGCGAGUACGGGGAAUUUGUCAUCAAGGAUCCGGACGAGGUGGCCCGCCUGUGGGGCCGCAGGAAGUGCAAACCACAGAUGAAUUAUGACAAGUUGAGCCGGGCCCUCAGAUACUAUUACAACAAGAGGAUUCUUCAUAAAACAAAAGGGAAAAGAUUUACUUAUAAGUUUAACUUCAACAAGCUGGUGAUGCCUAAUUACCCUUUCAUCAACAUUCGAUCAAGUGGUGUGGUUCCUCAGAGUGCACCACCAGUACCAACUGCCUCUUCCCGCUUCCACUUCCCUCCGCUGGACACGCAUUCCCCGACCAGUGAUUUGCAGCCAGGGCGCUUCUCCGCAAGCUCCUUGACUGCAUCUGGGCAGGAGGCCAGCAGUGGCACUGACAGAAAAGCAGAGCUCUCAGAGCUAGAGGAUGGUUCAGCCACUGAUUGGCGACGAGGCGUGGAGCUCAUGUCUUCCCGGACUGCUGUCGGCGGAGGGGGGCUUGGCCACCAGAAACGCAAGCCUGACAUCAUGCUUCCCCUGUUCACGAGGCCAGGGAUGUACCCUGAUCCUCACAGUCCCUUCGCCGUUUCUCCAAUCCCUGGACGGGGAGGGGUCCUUAAUGUCCCCAUUUCACCAGCCCUCUCCCUGACUCCCACCAUCUUCUCCUAUAGCCCAUCCCCAGGCCUGAGCCCCUUUACCAACAGCAGUUGCUUCUCCUUCAACCCUGAAGAAAUGAAACACUACCUUCAUUCUCAGGCCUGCUCUGUGUUCAACUACCAUCUGAGUCCCCGGACAUUCCCCCGGUACCCGGGGCUCAUGGUUCCUCCCCUGCAGUGCCAAAUGCACCCUGAAGAGUCAACCCAGUUCUCUAUCAAGCUGCAGCCCCCACCAGUUGGGCGGAAGAACCGGGAGAGAGUGGAGACCAGCGAGGAGCCCACACCUGUCACAGCUUCCACUGUGGCUCCUGUGCCCCCAAGAAUUAAGAUGGAGCCAGUCCCCGAAAAGGAUUCUGAAAAUCUCAGGCAGCCGGCGCGAGAGGAGGAGGAGCGCGUGCAGGAAGAGGGUUCUAUGCCAAGUAGGACCUUGGAGGAGGAAAAUGGCGCUGUCUUUGCCCGCCCCGCCGCACCGCCUGUCUGGCCCUCGGUGCCCACCAGCACCCCAAGUGAAGAAACCCUGGAGGUAACUGAAGACAGUGAGGACAGGCCUACCAGAGAGCCCAGUGCCCCCGAGAAGAAGGAGGAUGCCCUGAUGCCCCCGAAACUGCGGUUGAAGCGGCGUUGGAACGACGACCCUGAAGCUCGGGAGCUGAGCAAGAACGGCAAGUUCCUCUGGAGUGGGCCCGGGGCCCGAGGCCUGGCCACAGCUGCCGCAGAUGCCUAAAACUGGAGGCGGGGCAGGUUCCGUCCCUACCAUAAUCAACACAUACUUGUAUUUAUGUAGCAAGACGGGGGUGGGGGGUGGGGGGUGGGAGCUAGACUGGUUUGAUCAUUCUAGGGGAAUAGACUUUUAUGUUUGGGGACGGGAUGGGGUGUCUUCUUUUGUAAAUUAGGUGGGAUAUGAACACACUUUUUUUUUUCUUUUUUUCCUGAUGAGUAGGAUUUGGGAAGGGUAUUGAACUGAAAGGAGAAAGAGCCUCUCUUUCCUGUGGAGGCUUACACUUUCUGACAAAAAUCCCCAAGGGCCAAGAUACAGAUUGGUCUGUGAUAGUUCAGGUUCUAGACUUCUUUCUUUUCUAUUGUAUUUAUAUAUGGAAAGCCAUUAAUGAAUUUAUUUUGCUCUGAGAGAUAUACAUAAAAAGGGAAAGGGCACAGUUGGGUGGUUGAGCAGGGAGAGACCAUUAAUACUAAGUAUUCUGCCUGAAAUGUUUCUUUAUUAUUGUUUCAAUGGAGGGAUAAGAUAAUCUCAGUCUAGGUUGGGGGGAAUGUUGAGAUGUUGCUCUUUUUCUUUUUCCUUUAUUGUUGUUUGGCAUGUUUUGUUUCCCUUUAAAAAAAAAAAAAAAAACCUUGUUUUCAGGAAACAUGAUGCAUACUACCAGUUGGAGUGGGGCUGAAAAGAUUGGGCAGGGAGGGGAAGCUGAACCUCAGCUAUAUGACCAAGACAGGAAGCCCUGCUGUGAAUUUCUUGGACUUUUCACCUAUUACAAAGCCAUGAGGAGUUAUAAGCUCUUGUUCAGGGAGGAAAGAAGAGGGCAGAAGGAAUUAACCCAAUGCCUUUAAAAACAAACAGAAAAGAUCUUUUUUCCUUUUCCAUCAUGGGUUUGGGCAGCCAAACCAGAGUGUGAAUGAGAGUGAGUGGUAGCAUUGAUUUGAAGAUAGACUGUCCGUUACGUCAGGCUCUCAGCAUUUUCUUAAGCCAAGCCUUAAAAUGAACAGACCUUAACGUGACGCAGGUCCAUCAGCAUGAACCUGUAGAGGCGCAGGGGCAGCGUCAGAUAAUCCAGGUAUGUCAGAACUCAGACUUCAAAUUGGCAGUCAGUCCUCCCCUAUUGGAGUUCCUGGGUCAGGUAGCAAGAAUGUGGGACUGUGGGUGUUGAAGGACAGAUGACAUCUGGAAACAGAAGGUAGCGGGGGUUCAAGUGGAUGUUUGUUGAGACUGAAGAGAGGUAGGCAGGGGACUCGGCAGCCUGGCACCACAAGGCCUGGUGUGAAUGGCGGAACUUGUGUCUGUCCUGUUGUGGUGUUGCCGCUCUUGCCACACCCUCUUCCCGAGAUUGUCCUGAUCCUCCUGGUCAGCUGACCAUCCUGCAUGGGACACCAGUCUGUAGACAGUGAGGAAUUGUUUCUUUGUGGGAAAUGCCCUUCCAUUAAACUUCAAAGGAAUGGGGAAGUAUUGAUCUUAAAGGAAGCAAAGGGGCCCUGGACUGGGGACAGAAAGAAAUGAAGACACUGAAGGUGCGCACACGUGUGUGUGUGUGUGUGUGUGUGUGUGUGUGUGUGUGUGUGUGUGUGUGUGUACACAUACACACAGUACUUGUACAUGUUGCUAUCGUACAGAAAUGCCUGGUUGUGGCUCAGACGUGCCUGCCAUCAGGACAGCAAGGAGAAAAUUCCAGUAUCUGAUCAGGGCAAGGAGUAGGCAAAGGGAUCCUGUCUAGGAAUUAGAGAAACUCCUGACUACCCCAUCCUAAGUGAAAGAAAUGUGUGAGAAAGGGGCUCAGGAAAGGGUAGGGCAGGUAGGUGAGUUCUAGAUGGCCUACCUCUAGCAUGCUAUUUUUUUUUUUUUUUUGACAAGUGUCCUCUCCCAUUACCUGACUCAGAUUCUGUGAGUGGCCUGUCUUUCCCUGGGGGAGGGGUUGGAAGGGCAGACCCCUAACCACUCAGGCAUUGACUAGCUGGGGUUGUUGUUAUUGUUUUGUUUGUUUGUUUGUCAGCUUUUUCUGCACCUCGACUUACCUCGAAUCAGAAAGCAAACCUGAGCAGGAGAAAGAGGAAUCUCUGCUUGGUAUUGCCCACUCUGAGCAGGGAGGCUGGCUGGCCACCCUCUCUGUCCACUAGAGGAGAGAGCCAGCAGGUGUCAGUAUGAACUCAGGAAUAGAAACAUGAGGCCUUUAAAAUAAAAGGGAGGGAGGGAGGGAAAUCUCUGAUGCAUACCUGUAACCCCCUAGAACCCAAGUGCCAGAAUUAAUUCCUAGAUGCUGCUUCCGUUUGAACAAAAAAAAAAGUCACUGCUUUUACACUUGAAAUAACACUCAAAAAAUGUUCCACUCCAUGAAUUUUUUUAAAGAAAUUGUUUGGUGUUUAGCUGUUUGCUUUGAUUGCCAUUCCACCAGUAAAUUGACGUUUGGUUUGCACUGCACACGGGUUGGGGAGGGUCCUUUAAUAGCCGUACUUGGGCUUGCUCAGGAAGUGGACCUGAGAGAUGCUGCAGAGGUCACUGGGAUUUCCCCGGGGGCUGGGGUGGAAGGCAGGUUUCUCCCACCCCACCCCACCCCCCAGUCCACUCCUAGUGGCACUUGUCACCAGACUAGGCCUUCUCAGCAAGCAUCUUGUCACUGUCCACCAGCAGUUGGAAAAGGGGGGACAAAGCCAGGCCUGUUUUUUCUCCUGCUUUUCCAAAGUCUGCUGUGCCAAAUGUCUUUUAAGACUUUGCAGAUAAGAAUCUUGAGAUCUCAUUAAUUAGGAACUGGUUCAUGCAGUUUGCUUUUUUGACUAUAGAAAAGAAAAAUAGUAGAGACCCCUUAGGGACAUCCAGCCUUACUGAGUUCUUUCUCCCCCCCCCCAACUAAAAGUAAAAUAUAACCAGUUCACCAAAUCCUUCUAGCCCACCCUCACCCCAGUUUUUAAACUGCACUGCAUUAACCCAGCUCCAUAGUCCCCCAUGGGUCAAUAAACUUUCUAAAGCAUUAAAAGGAAAAUAGUUUUAAGUAUAUCAUUUCUCACCAAGCAGGUAGAGUCAGUGACUAUUUGUUCUUUAUUAUUUUUUUAACUUAUUCCAUAAUUAUGCUUGGGCUUUUUCAUUUUGUAAGCAGUAAUGGAACAGACCUUUUAACUCUUAUUUAAAAGAACAUUGAUCCAGUCUUUAAGAACUGUUUCUAGUUUUCUUGGGGGGUGGGGAGGUUACCAGUUAAUUGUCUUGAAACAUUUAGGCAUUCUUUGAGUUUUAGAAUUGUGAUGCAGGGAUUUGUGAGACACUCACAUGUGAAAAAUAACUUCACUAGUUAUCCGCUUAAGCAGAAUAAAGUGUGUAUAUGUACAUAAAAUGUAAGUAAUCUAACUCCAUUGUGCAGUGCCUUUUAGAUGUUCCGCUUUCUAUAAAGUCUUCAAAUUUUUGCAUAUAUAUUAUAUAUAUAUGAUGUGAUGUUAUAGAAAUAUAUGUAUAAUAUACAUAUUUUUUCCAGGGGUAUCUGAUAGCUCUGUAUUUUGUUAUGGAAGUUGAAAGGAAAAAAAAAAGAGUAUUUUACCUCAGAAAUUAAAGUUAAAUAAAAAAAAGUACUUUUAAGUAACA